AAGAGAAAUGGAGCUCUGCAAAGGACCAUAACCAAAUUAACUUCUAUCACCAGCCAUCGCUCCAUUCUCCAACUAGCAUUGAUGAAACAACCACCCACCAUUAUUACCUGCCAAACAGGACAUUGCAAAUGUCCUCUUCAUCCUCUUUGAUAUUUUCAAGCCUUAAGACACCAUAUUUACAAAACCUUCUUCUUCUUUGCUCUAUCUUUCAUUUUAGGGAACUCCUCUUAGCCUAGAAUGUCUGUGAGACAAUUAACAUGGCUACUUUCCAUUGUAAUAGCCUCUCUAACCUUCAAUGUUGUCCUCUCCCACCAGAUGACCAGAAAGACCUACAUAAUCCAGAUGGAUAAACAUGCAAAGCCAGAAACUUAUCCCAAUCUCCUUGAAUGGUACUCUUCGAAAGUCCAAUCAGUAUUGUCUGAAUCUGAGAGUGGAGCUAAUUCUGAUGAUGAGGAGAGGAUAAUUUACAGCUAUGAGGCUGUUUUUCAUGGCGUUGCUGCCAAGUUGACUGAAGAAGAAGCUGAGAGGCUGGAGGAAGUAGAUGGGGUGGUGGCUGUAUUCCCAGAGACUAAAUAUCAGCUACACACAACAAGAAGCCCCAUGUUUCUUGGUUUAGAACCAGCAGACAGCACAAGUGUGUGGUCUCAAAAAAUUGCUGAUCAUGAUGUUAUAGUGGGAGUACUAGACACAGGUGUUUGGCCAGAGAGUGCAAGCUUCAAUGACACAGGUAUGACUCCAGUGCCUGCUCACUGGAAAGGGGCCUGUGAGACAGGCCGAGCAUUUGAAAAACACCAUUGCAACAGAAAAAUUAUCGGUGCAAGAGCAUUUUACAAAGGAUAUGAAGCUGCUACUGGAAAAAUCAAUGAGCAAACCGAGUACCGGUCACCAAGAGAUCAAGAUGGUCAUGGGACUCACACAGCAGCUACGGUCGCUGGUUUUGCAGUACGUGGAGCUAACCUAUUGGGAUAUGCUUAUGGAACAGCAAGAGGAAUGGCCCCUGGUGCAAGAAUUGCAGCUUACAAGGUUUGCUGGGCUGGUGGGUGUUUUAGCUCGGAUAUUCUGUCGGCAGUUGAUAGAGCAGUAGCUGAUGGAGUGAAUGUUCUCUCUAUAUCUUUGGGUGGUGGAGUUUCAUCCUAUUAUCGGGACAGUCUGUCUAUAGCAGCUUUUGGGGCGAUGGAGAUGGGCAUUUUUGUUUCAUGCUCAGCAGGGAAUGGAGGACCUGAUCCUGCUAGUCUCACAAAUGUGUCUCCAUGGAUCACCACAGUAGGAGCUAGCACCAUGGACAGAGAUUUUCCAGCAACUGUUCAUCUUGGAACUGGGAGAACUCUAACCGGAGUUUCGCUCUACAAAGGACGGAGGACUCUUUCAGCAACCAAACAAUAUCCUGUGGUUUAUAUGGGUGGUAACUCCUCCAGCCCUGAUCCAAGUUCUCUGUGCUUGGAAGGAACUUUGAACCCACACGUUGUUGCUGGAAAGAUUGUAAUAUGUGAUCGCGGCAUUAGUCCAAGAGUACAAAAGGGUCAGGUGGCAAAAGAAGCAGGAGCAGUAGGAAUGAUUUUAACAAAUACCGCAGCAAAUGGAGAAGAGCUUGUUGCGGAUUGUCACCUAAUUCCAGCAGUUGCUGUAGGUGAGCAAGAAGGAAAAUUGAUAAAACGUUAUGCUUCAACUCGAGGAAAUGCCACUGCAAGUCUAGCUUUUCUUGGUACAAAGAUAGGAAUCAGGCCAUCUCCAGUGGUGGCCGCAUUUUCAUCUAGAGGACCAAACUUCUUGAGUCUUGAGAUUCUGAAGCCAGAUGUUGUUGCACCAGGUGUGAACAUUAUUGCUGCUUGGACUGGCGAUACAGCUCCGUCAAGCUUGCCAACGGAUCAUCGGAGGGUAAGCUUUAACAUACUGUCUGGAACUUCCAUGUCAUGCCCCCAUGUUAGUGGAGUAGCAGCAUUGCUUAAAGCUAGGCACCCAGAGUGGAGUCCAGCAGCAAUAAAAUCUGCUCUGAUGACCACAGCUUAUAUUCAUGAUAACACCCAAAAUCCACUGCAAGACGCCUCUACAAAUACUUCUUCAAGCCCAUAUGACCACGGCGCAGGCCACAUAAAUCCACUGAAAGCUCUAGACCCGGGAUUGAUUUACGACAUUGAAGCACAAGACUACUUUGAUUUCCUGUGCACCCAACGGUUAUCCCCAUUACAGCUAAGAGUUUUCGGCAAGUACGCAAACAGAACCUGCAAAAAAUCUUUUACAAGUCCAGGAGACUUGAAUUAUCCAGCUAUAUCUGCAGUGUUCACAGAAAGCAAAACCAUUUCAAGCUUAACUCUUCGAAGAACAGUUACCAACGUUGGACCUCCGACUUCAACAUACCACCCAGUAGUGUCUAAAUUCAAAGGUGCCACUGUUGUUGUUGAGCCUAAAACCCUGAAAUUCACAGCCAAAAACCAGAAACUAUCUUACAAGAUUACCUUCAACACGAAAUCUAGGCAAGUAAUGCCGGAGUUCGGAGCACUUAUAUGGAAAGAUGAAGUUCACAAAGUAAGAAGUCCGAUUGUUCUCACAUGGCUGGCACCGAUAUAAAACGCGACAACCUCCGUAUCGUAGAAUAAUCAAAUUGUUUUUGAAGAGCCGAGGCAGCUCAAGUCAACAAUUGUUUUUCAUUAAAUUGCAAUGUAGUUGUUUUUUUCAAUCUUGCAGUAAUAUAUUUUGAGCAUUCUUGCAGUAAUAUCAAAUCCAUGGUGCAUUUUUAA